CGUCUUGGGGCACAACGGUACUGUGAAAACAAUGGGCUGGUGUUUGACCCUAUUUACGCCUACAGACCCCGAAAUCUUCGGACAAAGUCGAAGUAGCGCUACAUUUGCGUGUGUGGUGUACAUUUCACCACCUGUCUUCAAUAUCACGGCAGGUGACUCCAGAAAUGGGCUUCACACAUUGUACCCAAAUGGGGAAUCGAACACGUGUCUUCGGCGUGUCAAGCAAACACUUUAACUACCUCCCCCAGCUAUCGAGAGCUAACUUCGGCGUCGUCUACAAAGUUGCCGUGCUGUUACUGGCCUCCCUGCUGGUAGUGCAAGACUUCAGGCAGUCCAAGGCUCAGUGGGCACAGACAAACGGCUGGGGAGGGGCGGGGGUUGGCAAGCGUAUGUUCACCCCACCCGAUCUCUCUGGACCCUGCAGAGUGGAUCCGUAUGUGGCUCUCCUCAUCUCAAGACUUGCAAAGAUAGAAGCAGAGCGACUGCGGAACUGUGACCUAUCGUCUACCUAUCAAGCAGAUGGUUCCAAAUGAGACAAACAUGGCGGUUAACAUGACAACUUCCGGUGCCUUCCAAGUCGCUCAAAUGUGACUUCCGUCCAAAAACAGGAACUGGCGACGUCUGCUGAUGGACGGAUUAACCUCUUUUUCCAGACAUCAACCAUGCCAUUUCAAAACCUGGCCUUUACUUUGAACGUUGAUUCGUGCAAAUCUUAAACUCAUGUGACGCAAAAUGAUGUUUUAUGACGGUUGAAUUUAUUUCGUUGUUGAAUCUACCGUUCCCGUAUCUGUUCCGUUUUCUCAAACAUAAUGCUUCGUUACAUGAAUGUAUAUUCUGUAACACUGAUGUAAACGUUUCAUGUCGUUGUUGAUGUCUUCACGAACGGCAGAAGAGAUCAACUGAAAUCCUUCUGUUGUGUCCGUAAUCUUCUGGGACAAGUGGCAUGUAGAGUUAGACCCAAGAAAAUCUAAACUAUAA